UAGUUUCUUUUUCUGCUUUUUAUAAGAUUGUCUUUUUGCUCUUUUCAUUUUCUUUAAAUUCAGUGUGUGUUUUUGGGAUUUUGUAAGAAAAAAAAUUAAAGCAAUGGAGAAAUAUUGUGGUUUGAGUCACCUAUUCAUGACAGUAUUUUUGAGUUGUUUCUCUACAUUCAUGGUGAUUCCACCUAUGACUGAUAUUACAUUAUCAGCCAUUUGUCCAGGCCAAGAUGAAUGCUCACUUGCUAUUUACCUCACCGGAGUUCAACAAGCGAUAGUAGGAUUGGGAUCAUUAGUGAUGAUGCCAGUGUUGGGGAAUUUGUCAGACACAUAUGGGAGAAAACUCAUGCUUACUCUUCCUAUGACUCUUUCCAUCUUCCCUUUAGCCAUACUGGCAUAUAGCAGGACAAAAUACUAUUUCUACGCUUACUACGUGCUGAGAACACUCAUUGCCAUGAUUUGUGAAGGAAGUGUUCAAUGUCUUGCUCUUGCCUAUGUGGCUGAUAAUGUUCCAGAAAGUCGUCGUGCCUCUGUUUUUGGAGUCCUCUCAGGAAUUGCUUCCUCUGCUUUUGUCUGUGGAAACCUCUCUGCUCGCUUCCUAUCCACUGCUUCCACUUUCCAAGUUGCUGCAGCAAUGGCAGUGAUAGCUUUAGUAUACAUGAAGAUGUUCCUCCCUGAAUCGAUAACGAAAGGUAACAUUUGCUCGAAAAAAUCAGAGACUAGUUGUCUAUUGGAAAAAGCUCCAAAGAAAGGAUUCCAAUUUUUCAAGACAUUGCCUUCUUUCAGUGAUAUGCUCUGUUUGUUGAAGACCAGCUCGACAUUUUUACAGGCAGCUAUUGUUUCAUUCUUUGUCAAUGUUGCACAAGUUGGCCUUGAGGCUUCUUUACUUUUUUUCUUGAAGGCACAAUUUCACUUUAACAAAAAUCAAUUUGCUGAUUUGUUGAUAAUUUCUGGGAUAGCAGGAUCUAUAUCACAGCUACUUCUCAUGCCCAUAUUAGCUCCUGCUUUUGGAGAAGAGAAGUUGCUUUCGAUUGGCCUCUUCUUCAGUUGUCUUCAUAUGUUGCUUUACAGCAUUGCUUGGUCCUCUUGGGUCCCUUAUGCUAGUGCUAUGAUCUCAAUUUUGUCUAUUUUUGCAAUGCCAUGUUUAAAGAGCAUUGCAUCUAAGCAAAUUGGGCCAAAUGAGCAGGGAAAAGUCCAGGGAUGCAUCACAGGCAUAUGUUCAUUUGCAAGUGUAGUUUCUCCACUAAUUUUUAGUCCUUUAACAGCUUUAUUUCUAUCGCAAAAUGCCCCGUUCCAUUACCCGGGAUUCGGUUUAGCUUGUGCUGCAUUUGCAUCAAUGCUAGCCUUCAUUCAGAGUCUUAUGAUAAAGCCUGAUGAAAAUGUAACCAAUUGGAGUGUAAAUGAUUCAAACUUAGCAGAACCAUAG